AGGGCGUAGUGCAACACGCAUUUCCAUUUAUUACUUGAAAGUGACAACGUUAGUGAAUUUUAAUAGAAGAUGGAGGAUUCCAAAUUGGCUGCUGUUUGCAAUGGAACUUAUCCCUUUUUUGUGGUUCACUUUGAUGAGUUGACAAUCGGCGAAGUUCAAUAUAAACGAAAGUUUAAAGAGGUAAGAUCUGGUACAUUUCGAGGAAAGCCACUCUUGGUAACAACCACAAUAGAUGGCGUGGAAAGUCAAGAACAUGAAAAUUUUAAAAGAGAGAUAAAUUUAAGUAAAUCACUGAAACAUCCAAAUAUACAGCAAGUUCUUGCCUGGAUCGAAACUCCAAAACAUUACAUCAUUACUGAAAAACUAGACUACAUUUUGUUGCAUUAUUUAAGAGAGAAAGAGAAUAUUAUUAUAGACGAAGAACUUUUCCCUACAUAUUGUCGGCAGAUUAUUGACGGCAUGGAGUAUUUAGAAAGCCAGAAUAUAGUACAUCGAUCUUUGGCUGCGAAACAUAUCUUGCUGACCAAAAACGGCGAUAUAAAAAUAUGUGGUUUGCGAAAAUGAGAGUUCUUCCUGAUGGCCAAAAUUAUAUAAAAGAAAAACUCGACAAUCCUAAAUAUCGAUGGAU